AACAGCUAAUCCCGUGCCUUUACCUGCAGAAAUCCAAAAUCUGAAAAAGGGGGAGGAGGCCACAGCUGGUUCCUUCUCAGGCUCCUACCAGCACAGCAAGAUGGAACUUCUCCUGGCCAUUUUUCUGGCUGUUUUGACUGGGAUUGUGGCAAUGGCUUUCUAUUAUGAACACCCCAAAGCAGAAAUUCCUCAUGGAAUCAGUGAGCGCCAAAAGCUUUAUGUUCUUCAUUACCUCCUGAACUUUGGGCUUGGUCUGGCAACAUUUUUGGACAAAGUAGGUGUAAUCUCAGAGGUCCAUCUCCUCAGGGUUGUAAUGGAGAUAAUACCACCAUUAAAGGAUACACGUCUUCUUAUCAAGGACUUAAGGUUUGAAAGGGUUAAAGUGAGAAUUUACCAGCUAAAAACAUCAAACAAUAACCUAAGAAGGGGAAUUCUUUAUUUUCACGGAGGAGUUGGCCGGUUUGGAAGUAUCCGGGCCUACGAAAGAAAGUGUCGCUAUCUCUGCAGGAAGAGCAAUUCCGUGGUGGUGUCUGUUGGGUACCGUUUAGCUCCUGAGCACCCAUUUCCAGCCCAGUUUGGGGACUGUCUCACUGCUACCAUCCAUCUGCUGAGGACUGCACAAGACCAUGGUGUCGACCCUUCCCGCAUUGUCGUCUGUGGAGACAGCAGUGGAGGGACACUUACUGCUGCUGUUGCCCAAGCACUGGUGAACAGAAGAGACCUCCCAAAGCUGAGAGCACAAAUCCUAAUAUAUCCUUUUCUGCAGUGUGUGGACUUUAAUUUGCCUUCUUACCAGCAGAACGAGAGAAUCCCCAUUUUGCUAAAGGAACGAACCCUUGCUCUUGGUUUGAAGUACAUUAAUCUGGACUUGGGCAUCAUUGAAGAUGUAUUUAAAGGCUGCCAUGUUUCAGAAGAUCGGAGACUGAAAUAUCAGAAGUGGGUGAGUCCUGACUACAUCCCUCAUGAGUUUAAAACAAGAGGUUACAAACCAAGUCCAACAUAUCCACCCUCAAAAGAACUCACUGAAGUGGCUGAGACCAUGUUUGACCCUGUUUUUUCACCACUCUUGGCUGAAGACAGUGUGAUUGCUCAGCUUCCUGAGACUUUCAUUUUGACCUGUGAACUUGAUGUGCUCAGAGAUGAUGGACUGCUGUACAAGAAACGAUUAGAGGACCAUGGUAUAAAAGUGACCUGGUGCCAUCUGCAAGAAGGGUUCCAUGGAAUAGUGUUCUUAGCGCUUUUUGGUAAGGUGGUAGGAUUCCACUCUGGAGCUAAAGGCCUGCAAAAGAUAGUGAAUUUUCUAAGACUGAUGUAAAAUUCCAUUUCUUGCUUUCUUUUUCUGAUUCCUAUCUCUUUUUGCUUCCAAACUUAUUUUUUAAAAUCCUCAAUUUUCCUUUCCUUAAAUCAUCACCUUAAAUUUCUGCAUUGCAUCUGUCUUCUUUUUACCCACAAAGUUGAUUGCAUGAUGGCCUUUGCUUAAUUUUCUCUCAGGAGAGACAAAAUCAGGUGAAAUUACAUUUCUUUCUUCUGCCAGCUCUUCAGUUCUCUCUUGUAACCAUUAGAAAUCUCAUCCUUAUAUAGCAUGGGGUUUGCAAUGUGGUCUGGUUCAGUAAAGUUCUGGUACUAUCAGAACACAAACCACAUUUGAAAACAACCUGGGGCAGGUAACAGGGUGUUAAUCUACAGGAUCAGUUUAUAAAGAGUAUGGUCAAACACUUUAAAAAGCCUGUAUCUGGUGAGAGCUCAAUUUGAGACAAGCUUAAAAAGAACUGAAUGUAGCAGGAAAAAUGUAAACAUAGACAGAAAUCAAAGAAGGGGAAGAGAAGGAGAGGAAGAGAGAAAAAGGGCAGACCUGGAACUACAGAUGUUAUAACAAGUAUUGGUUAAAGAAAACAACAUCUAUUUUAAAAAAAUGCAUUUACAUUUUAUAUAAAGAUAAUAGAUGCAUGGGAAUAUAAAGUAAUAUCAGUUACUUUACAAAGUGUAGGCCAGCACUGCCUGAUGCAGGAAGGACUCUCCGUUUGAGGGACAGGGUCAAGUGCCAUUGGGGAGAAAGGAGAAUGAUUGUGAAAAUUAAAAAAAAAAAAAAAAAAAAAUCUAAGUUCAGGUCAAUCUUCAGCUCUUUACGACAAGAGAUGAAUGAGCAAGGAAAAUACAAAAUAAAAUGGCAUUGCAAAAAUGUAAAGCUGUUUUCUCAGAAAUGACCUCAAGUAUUGCCAGAAAUGUCAGUAAAUGUUUUACUUACACCAUUCUGAGGUGAAUGUAUAACUGUGGAACAGUGUCAUUGUUUCAGGUUUUGUUAUAAUCUUAUGUCCUGAAUCAAAAUAACUUAUGUCACUAGACUCUAUUGUCUUAAAUUCUUCAGUAAGUUCUAAGUUCUACUUGGAGGCAAGAUGCAUUUCCAUGAAGAAUCAAAAACAGGGCAAGGAUGCAGUUUUACUGACAGUCAAAACUUCUGUCUGUUUAAAUUAACACCUGGAACACUACCUACACUGAAAUUACCACCACUCUUGUGAGGGAAAUUUCUAGCUCUAUAAUUUUCAAAGAAUACUCUCUGUAUCUGAUGUUACUCUAUGUGUUUUCUGCCCCCCACUGGCUCAUUUAAACUACAACCAAAAGCAACUGCAGACUGUUAUGUAAGACACAGGAUCCAACACAAGACACCCUACAACCAAGGGAAGGGCUUUCCUGCAAUGCUCUGCAUGGCUAUUUACAUUCAGCAUAUGAGUAAAGAAACUUGCCAGAACAAUAUGAAUUACAUUUAGUUACACUCACAUA